GUUGAGGGCGACCGCUUGUGUUCUUCGGGCUUCGGGCUUCGCCAUGGUGUCGCCCCACCUGCUCCGCGACCUGCGGCUUCUGCACCGAGUGCUCUGCCCCAACGCGCCGAAGGCUUCGCAGAGCUCCACGCUGGGCGACCUCUUCGAGCCCGUCUUCGCGCAGUCCACGCGCCGCGCCUUUGAGGCCUUGGAGCUCCUCUGCGCGGAGCUCGCCGGCGCGGACGAUCCGGCGCGAUCGCCGCUGGCGUCUUUGGAGCCCUUCGAGACCGCGUCCGCGAACCUGGGGGUGCGAGCCAGGAGCCCGCUGCAGCCGGGGCAGUUGGUGUGCUUCUACCCUGGCCGGAUCUUUACCUCUGAGGCGCAGCUCCCGCCGGGAGAUCAACUCUUUACCAACGAGUACGACAACAUCCACCUGGCUCGCGUCACCGCGUCUGAGUCGAAAGCCGAGGACGGCAAGGCCUGGUACCCGGCCGCCUGGCGCCAACAUGAAGCGCUGACCCAGCGGCCGCCGCCGCAUCUCUGGCAUGGGAACCGCCUGGCGGUGGGGAACUUGCUGAACCACCCGCAGCCCACGCAGCUGCCCAACGUGGCGCCCAUGGCCUUCGCGUGGCCGGGCUGGCAGCAGCUGGGCAUCGAGUCCCCGGCCUUCUGGGCGCGCUUGGUGCCCCACGUGGAAGUGGGAGACAACGGCAGGGUGGCAAGAACGCCCUCUGGAGAGGCUGGUCAGAAGGCCACCUUCCCGGCGUGGCCGCACCUGGGCCUCGCCUUCUUCGCACUGCGCGAAGUGGAAGCGGAGGAGCUGCUGCUGAACUACCGCCUCUCCCCGCCCUUUCCCAGCUGGUACUCGCCCGUAGACGAGGAUGCCCUGGACGCGGAAGUGGAGCGGCACCUGUGAG